AAGAUUUACAUUUUUAUCAUAGGAAACAAUUUCCAUAACAGAAUUCUCACGAAAAAUCCAUUUACGAGUUGACUCUAUCGUAUUUUACAAUUGUAAAAAUAAGGGUAAUGACACAUGGCAUUUAAUGUCCGACUAGGUAAUCUGAUACCUAUUCGUGGAUCAUGGAUUUUUAAAAAGCACUAGGUAUGCACCUUGUUUCUCAAGCCACAAUUUUAACAUAAGUUAAUGUCAAAAAAUGAAGGUUUACUUUGAGUUUAUUUCAAUAUUUUUAAUAAUUGAAAUUAAAACGCAUGCAUUCAUCACGGGCGAUUCGGAAAAUAUACGAAACUUGCAGGAGGCAAAAUCAACACGAAACUUAUUGCAGAAAGAUUUGAAUCAGUUAAUUAACGAUGAAUUACUCGAAGAAAGCUACACAUUGGAAACUCCUUACCAAAUUUCAACUUCUCUUAACGAACUUCCCAUGAAAGGGUUUCAAAUUCAAAUGCCAAUCGAACAAACGCUAGAGAAAAACUACUACGAAAACCUAGCAGAUAAUUCAAAUACAGCUCAUUCAACUACAACUGAGAACUAUUUCAGUCAAAGUAACAACGUAGAUGGCUAUAAACCCUUGAUAUACGAAGAUUCCAGAAAUACGGAAACGCCAUUUGAAAUGUUGAAAGGGUCAUCUUCAAAUCCACCCACCAGCACGAUUAAACCACCAUCUAUACCGGAAUUACCAUUCGGACUCCCUAAUGGAUAUUCAUCCAAUGGACAAGGAUCUCAAACACCUACGUUAAUUAUGGGAGGAUUUUCCAUACUUGUAAUGCCAAUGCCUGGAUUAACUCCGGGUAAUAUGGCCAACAUGUUUCAAACUGGACAACAACUGGGACAGGUUUCUGGUACGAAUCCGUUUUUAGGGCCAUAUCCAGCAACAGGUUAAGUAAAUUGUAUAAAUAAUUAAUGAAAUUGAUGAAAGUUUUGUUUUUUGUUUUUUU